AGUUCUUUUGCGGAAUUUCGUGUCAAUUUAGGAGGUGAAGGAAAAAUCUCAAGGUGUGAUUUUUGCUGUGUGCAAUUUGUGAUUGUGUAGACAAUUUGCGGAAGUUACCUCGUCUCACGUAGCUGCUCUCUCGGUGUGACAAAAUGAUAACUCUCGGUGGGAAUUAUUUGGAAAUAUUGGAUUAUCAUUCAAUUGUCGAUUCAAUAGCUGCAAAAGUAUGGAGCCUUCCAGGACUUCUCUUCUUCCUCACUGUAAUACUUUUCCUCAUAAUGGAUUGCCGGAAGCCCCGAGAUUUCCCUCAUGGCCCAAUUUGGUAUCCCAUCAUUGGUAGUGCCGUAGCCCUCCAUCGGGAAAGAGAACGCCGUGGGAUGCUGUGGAAGGCCAUUGAGGCAUUUGCCAUGGAUUACGAUAAGCAAAGACGUGGCAUUGUUAGCUUCAAAGUUGGCAAGGAUCGUGUAGCAUUUGUGUACACAAGUGCUGCCAUCAAGGAAAUGAUGAGUCGCGAGGAGAUUGAUGGACGACCCACGGGGCCAUUUUAUGAGACACGAACAUGGAACAUGCGACGAGGGGUUUUGCUGACGGAUGAGGAAUUCUGGAUGGAACAGAGACGUUUUGUGGUGCGACAUCUCAAGGAGUUUGGUUUUGCACGACGCGGGAUGGUUGAGCUAAUUCAGCGUGAAGCAGAAUUCCUCUUUGAGGACAUGAAAAAGAUGGUGGACAGUGGCGGAGGAUCCGUUCUUGUUCAAAUGCAAAAUCUCCUCAAUACAUACGUCCUCAAUACACUGUGGACCAUGAUGGCGGGCAAGAGGUACUCGCGCGACAAUCAAAAGCUGCGGAAUCUGCAGCGUAUCUUGCAUGAACUCUUUGCCAGCAUUGAUAUGAUGGGUGCGCAGUUUAGCCACUUUCCCUUCCUGCGGUACAUCGCCCCCGAAGCUUCGGGGUACAAGCAGUUUGUUGAAUGUCACAAAUCCAUGCAUGAAUUCGUGCAAGAGGAAGUUGAGCAUCACAAGCUAAAUCUCAAGAUGGACGAUGAACCCAGUGACCUCAUGGACGUGUACCUACGUACCCUGAAUUCCCCCACAAAAGGGGAUUCCUUCUCGGAGAAGCAACUCCUGGCAAUCUGUCUGGAUAUGUUUAUUGCUGGCUCGGAGACAACGAGCAAAACUCUUGGGUUCUCCAUCCUCCAUCUUGUACGUGAUCAGGAAAUUCAGAGGAAGAUGCAGGAAGAAAUAGACACUGUGGUUGGGCGGGAGAGGCUCCCUAAACUCGAGGAUCGAGUCAACAUGCCCUACUGUGAAGCAAUCGUCCUGGAAGGUCUCCGCUUCUUCAUGUCCAACACAUUUGGAAUCCCACAUCGUGCACUACGUGACACAACCCUCUGUGGCUAUACAAUUCCCAAGGAUACAAUGGUUGUGGCUUCCUUCUUUGGGAUGUGCCGUGAUCCCGAAACCUACGCAGACCCAGAUAAAUUUGAACCCAUGCAUUUCCUCGAGAAUGGAAAGGUCACCAUCCCUGACCAGUAUGCUCCCUUUGGCGUGGGCAAGAGACGUUGCAUGGGCGAAAUGAUGGCAAGGAGCAAUUUAUUCCUCUUCCUCACAACUCUCUUCCAGAACUUCCGCAUUUACGUACCGGAAGGACUUCCACCACCACCCGAGGACCCCAUUGACGGAGCAACGCCCAGUGUUAGACAAUACAAAGCAGUGAUAACAUAUCGAUAGUGCUAUCGUGGUGUUUGCUAGAAGAAGUGUAAAAUGUGCUCAGACUACGAGAAAAUGUGUUGAAAUUGGGAGAAAUUUUAGAACAUUUUCUCGUAGCUUGGACAAUGUGCGUGUGGGAUUAAAGUUUCGUGAAAUUUAAACAAGUGAAAUUUUCAUGAAAAGUUAGGUGAAAAUUAAGGAAUUAUCUCAAUUAAAAAUUGUUCAUUCGUUGGAGUUAUUAGUUGAAUCCUGAAUUAAAUAAGUUUCUCAUGUUAAAUAAUGAUUAAUUACGUCAAAUUAAGUAGGUACGUCAAAUAUUAAUCUACUCAAGAGUGAGAUCACAAAAAAUUGAUAGAAAUUGUAGUACUAUUCAAUUUAAUUUCCUAAAGAGAAAAAUAUAUUAUACUUUUUUUUUAAGAAGAACGUAAUUCUUGCCGAAUAACUAGUUCUCAAUAAACGCAAGAAGUGAAUUUACAAUAUAU